AUGAACACAUUUUUCACAAAGAAGUCACUGAGAAAUCUCUGUCGCACGCUGCCCGUGCCAGUGCCGUGCAGGGUGUGCGGCGACAAAAGCUACGGCAAGCACUACGGCGUCUACUGCUGCGACGGCUGCUCCUGCUUCUUCAAGCGCUCCAUCCGCCGCAGGAUGCUCUACUCCUGCAUCGCGGGGCGCGGCGGCUGCGUGGUGGACAAGGCACGUCGCAACUGGUGCCCGCACUGCCGUCUGCAGAAGUGCUUCGCCGUCCGUAUGAACACCUCAGCCGUGCAGGAGGAACGGGGCCCGCGCAAGGGACGCAAACGGCAGCUGUCGCACGCACAUGCGCAGAAGGCUGGGAGUGGCGCGGAGGCGGCGCACGAGUUGCCGCGAACUUCUCCUGCCGCCACUGCAACCGCUGCCCCCGCGAUUUCCGCUGCUCACUGCUUCCCUCUAGCUGCCAACCAGUUGCAGGUGCCGCCGCCAGAGGCGCUGGAGCGCUCACCGCUGCAUCCUCUGGGCCAGUGCGGUGAGGCACGUGCUGGCCGCUGUGAGGGACCAGCGGGUGUGCCCUAG